CAUUCAAUACCGUGGUAAGCGCCUACACAACAUAAACCAAAAUGUCACGGCGCCUCAAGUUCUUCAAGAAUGGUUUGAUCACUCAGUCAUAUUUUCUGCCAACGAUGGUGUGUAUUCUGAUAACUGUCCUAAUUUAUCAUCAACAUCAACGUGAUUUAAGGUUGAUUUCAGAAGCUCCGAAGACUUGCACCCAAACUGUGAAUGUCGCUGAGCUGAGCACCGACCAAGUUUCUUCAACCAUUGAUUUUGUCAGAGUAUCGUCGGCUGUCAAUUCAAAACCGGCGAAAAGUUUGAUCGAAGCAACUGUGUCUGCGACAAAAUCGACAAACUUUACUCCCAUCAACGACGCACUGGCGAAACAAAUGUGGGACGGCAAAAAUGAAACGUGUAACCAGACGUGUCAGUCUAUCAUCACACAAGUCAUACGGUCAGGUUCAAGUCUUCAGAGGCGUGUCACUAAGGAAGGUGUAGAGGAAUGGAUGGAGAACGGCGUCAUCUUCCGUCAGCCAGUGCCAACCAAAUCAACCGACCCGUACCCAAGUCCAUACGUCCCUGAGUUGGAGCCUUUUGUUCCGUUUAAUUCCUCCACGUUUUUUGAAGACCAGCGGGAAGCCCGAGCUGUGACUGACAAGAAAAAAAUAAUUCUAUGGUACAUACCAACACGGUAUUGGCCAAAGAUGGACAGCUUAAAUCCCUUAAGGUUUUGUCCGGAUUUUCCUUGUGUGAUAACUACAAAUAAAACGUUUGCUGAACAGAGUGCUGCUAUGAUCUUUGCAGGUGAACUUCUUCGUACACCUCCACCAAAACGGCGUCCAGACCAAGUGUUUAUUUUUAACAACCACGAGCCACCCAAUGAGCAAUGGUGGCGCGACAGUGUCAUUAAGAACGAUAGCUUCGGGUGGAAGGAUGCCUUUAACUGGACCAUGACGUACCGGAUGGACUCUGACGUCACUUCCUUGUAUGGAAUCAUACGAAGGCGGUUUAAACCGAUCACUCGAGAUUAUAAAUCUAUCCUGGCCAAAAAGACAAGGAAAGCUGCUGUGCUUAUUAGCAAUUGUAGAACGAUUGGAAAACGAGAAACAUAUAUCGAAGAGCUACAGAAAUAUAUUCCUGUGGACGUGUAUGGGUUCUGCGGAAACUUUUCUUGCCCACGAGCUGAAGACGAUAAAUGUUUCCAAAACAUCGACACCAACUACAAAUUUUAUUUAUCCUUCGAAAAUUCAAUGUGUGAGGACUACAUAACGGAAAAGUUCUUUAGGUACAUUAGCACCAACACAAUCCUAGUGGUCCGUGCAAGCAAUGAGUACUCACGCCACGCCCCUCCAGAAGUUUUCAUCAACACGGCAGAUUAUGCCAGCCCUAAAGAGCUCGCGGACAAGCUGCUUUACCUGGACCAACAUGACAGCGAGUACAUCCGUUUUUUACAAGAGAAGGACAAGUACGUAAGCAUUUAUGAGGACAUCCCCAUACGAGAUGGAGGUGGUCAAAUAUAUUUUAUGCACUAUCAUUAUGAAAACGUACCGAUUUGUCAAAUAUGUAUGAGGCUGUGGAAUCUAAAAUCACACUCUAAAGUCAUUCCAGACAUUAAGGAAUGGUUCACAAAGAAGAUGUGUCGUCCACCGCUAGAUAUCUGACCUAUAUAUAUAUAUAUAUAUAUAUAUAUAUAUAUAUAUAUAUA